AGUGUCAAAAUCUAGCAAUGUCACAACAAUUCCGUUUGUAGUUUGUUAAUUUAGUAAGUUGAUAUUUUUGUAGUACAAAAUUAAAACACACGAAAAACUCCAAGUACGCACGAAAUUAUUGUAUCUUCAGCGCGGAACAUCGCGUGAGGUUCGGCCAAGGCUCCACCAACAGCCCAAAGAAAUAUUCAAAUUGGAGUUGGGGAUCCCCACAGCGUUCGAACCCCGGAAGAAGAAAAACUGAAGCUCAUUUGUAAAUGGAUUGUGUAGAUGUUUACCAAAUUGUUAAUUGAUCAAAUGGACAGAAAGGUCCAACAGCAACAGCAGCAGCGACAGCUGCAGCAGGCAGCGAAGUCACAAUUUCCCGUGUGGACCUCAACCAGCACCAAGGAACCAGCCGCCGCCAUGGCAUCGGGCAAGACUUAUCCCUUGACCAAGAGCUCCACAGCCACGACGACAUCGGGUGCAAAGUGUACGAAAAAAAAGAGAUUUGUGCGUCCCAAGGCGGAAACCAAGCUCAUAGGCGAAUCGGAUGAUCUGCCCGAUGCGAAUACGGGCAGGAUGAAUCGCUACUACAACGCCAAGAACCCAUCGAACACUGGCCAAGAAAUCAUUCUGCAUAAUCCCAUCAAGACACACGACUUGGCGGAGAACAUGUCCAAGCUGGCGAGAAGGAAUGCGCUCAAGGAGCUGGCCGCCCUGCAGGCACAACAGGCGCAAUCGACGGACAAGAACGAGGACGCGCUGCGCGAGCUGCAGGAGAGCAUUCCGGAGAUAAGCAAAAUCUUCGAUGUGCACUGCCGCAUUGGCAGCGGCACCUUUAGCAGCGUGCUGCUGGGCACUCUGCAGCGGGAGCGUUGCCUCAGCGAGACGAGUCGCCGGCGGUUUGCCAUCAAGCAUCACAAUCCCACGAACCAUCCCGAGCGCAUUCUGCGUGAGUUGGAGUGCAUGUUCCGCAUUGGGGGAGUGGACAACUGCAUCGGCAUCAACUGUGUGGUGCGCUGCAACGAUAAUGUGGCCUUUGUGAUGCCCUACAUGAGCCACGAUCGCUAUCACGACAUCUACCGCUCCAUGGGGGUGCAGGAGGUGCGCAAUUACAUGCGGAAUCUGCUCAUUGCCCUGCGGCAUGUGCACAAGUUCAGCGUCAUCCAUCGGGAUGUGAAGCCCAGCAAUAUCCUCUACAAUCGUCGUACCGGCAAGUUCCUGCUCUGCGACUUUGGACUGGCGCAGAAGAUCGGCCCCGAUGGCAGCAUUGUGCAGUCCGAGCUGAGCAACGCUGCCGCGUUGGCUCUGAUGCGGGACAUGGAGGCGGCUCGUCAUCUGAUGUUGCAGGACGGCAACAGUGCCCAGGACGAGGUGCAGGAGUAUCUCAGCUGUCAGCAGGAGCAGCGCGUUCGAGCUUUGGGCGGUGGCGUAGCUCAGGCUCCGGCUCCCCUCGUGGCCAGAAAGGAUGCGGCCGUUCAGCGUGCGGACACCCAAAGGCUAAUCAAUCGCCUGCGCUUCGUCAACCCAAGUGCGGAUCCCAACAACUAUGUCUCCCCCACGAAUGCCGACAAGAAGGAGGUGCAUGCCUCACGCGCCGGCACUCCCGGCUAUCGUCCGCCCGAGGUGCUGCUGCGCUGCCCCACACAGACCACGGCCGUGGACAUCUGGGCAGCGGGUGUCAUCAUGCUGACGACCCUCUCCUCGAUGCAUCCGUUCUUCAAGGCGCCCAACGAUUGCGCUGCUCUGUCGGAGAUCAUCAAUGUCUUUGGGGACAUUCAAGUGCGCAAAACUGCCUUCAUGAUGGAUCGCCUGGUGCUGCUCACCCAGAAGAUGACCGCCCUGGAUCUGCGGCGUUUGUGCAUGAGGUUCCGCCUCGCGGAUCACUUCCUCUCGAUGGACGUGCUGCGGCGUCAUUGCAAGGCCGAUGGCACGGUGGAGGCGUGCAAGAGCUGCGAGCAGGCCACCUUCAAUUGCCUCUGCAGCCACACCAGCCACAAGAUUGAGAAAUAUGAGGGUUUGGAUAUCUUCCCAGCCAAUGCCUACGAUCUGCUGUCCCGCCUGCUCGAAGUGAAUCCACAGAAGCGCAUCUCCGCCGAUGAGGCGCUCAAGCAUCCGUUCUUCAGCGAUCAGCAUCGCCUUGUGUCGGGCAUGUCGCUGCAACAGCAGCAGCAGCAUCAACAGAGACUCCUGCAGCAGCAGCCACAGCAGCAGGGGCCAGCAUUUCGUGUGAGGGAAACCCUGCCAGCGGCCGCUGCCCGCACCCUCAAGCCCUACGUCUGCGGCGCACCCGAUGCUCCAGCCUAAAGAUUCAACAUCAAGAAAUGUCCACAAAAUUCCCAACGAAAAAUAUAUGGUAGGAUUUUUGCA